AAUGAUUUACGAUUUAAUACUUCGAAACAGCCUGUAUGUAGACACUCGGUAAUUAAAGGGUAAUAUGUCAUGCACAGAACAGUAAUCCUAAAAGACGUGGCAUAGUCGCGCAACCCCCUCUGCCACGCAUACGGUAUGUUUACUCGAAUUUCGAAACACGCCUACAAUUGCUUACUUCAGUCUGUGGACCGAGCUCGGUCUAGAAACAUCGGUAGCUCGAAGUUUUUGCCAUGAAAAAUGCAUUACUGAUGUGUGAAAUUGUGUGGCAAGAACACUAAAAACUCUGGUGUACAAAAAAAUGGCAUUUCUUUUCACAGACCGCUACCUCAUCGCCUGCCACACCACCGACUUCACAUGCUUCAAACGCCAAUACACGGCGCUCAGAGACAACGUCAUUUUAGGUAAUGUUAAACUGGCCAUUGAUAACUUCGAGCCAUUCUCCGUACAGUACGGUUCCGAUUGCGUCAGGAUGGAAGGGUGGACUGGAAGCGAACUUAUUGGGAUUGGAAUGGACAGCAGCAGAAAGGAGCUAAUCUUGGCUUUGGGACUGCCCGUGUAUUUGAAACAAGUGAAGAACGUUACGAACUGCGCGAAGCCCGAGCAAGAAUUUACAAACAUCGCAGAGUACGCAUACAACGGAACUCUGAUGGAGUUUAUUGGCAAUGCAACGGUAUCGGUAACGUUCCCCUUCACUCUACUAAAGAAGAAAGGUGACGUGUACCUCAAGUUGGAGGAAGAGGAAGUUGACGCCCUCGUGGACAUCCCUGUGUAUGUCUCUGAGGGAGGGUUUGAAGGUGCUGAGGCCGCAGAAUUGAACCAGGCCUCCGACUGGGCGUUUAACAUCGUGCAGCAUAUCGAGGCCGCAAGGGACUUUGCUGUACCCUUCACCGGCAGGCUCCGCACCGCCUUGCAGAGGAUACCUCUUAAAAAACUGAUGCUGCUGUACCCAGAAGAAGACUAUUCAGAUCUGCAGUUCGCUUUCAUAGACCCAAUAAUUCUUCUUUAAAAAAAGUCUUAAGUAAAAAAAAUGAAAAAUAAAUAAUAUAAAAAACUAAAAAAUCAAUUCAACAAAAGCUGAAGACAAACACCCUAACAUCUUGAGAAAGAUUUUUGAGAGCAAAUUAUUCCAAUUAUUCUGAUGAAAUUAUGAUUUUAUUCGUACAAGUUAUGAUGGAUGUGCUAUAUUUAAAUAAAAUGCUAAUAAAGUUUUCAAGGAUAAAUUUUUUUCAUACGACACGAGCGAUACGAUAACGAAGAUGAAAUUUAUCACAUUAGCCUCGUCAUCAUACCCCGGUAACAAAAACGACAAUGACUAAUAUACUUAUUGAUAAUUUAGGGUUUUUAUGUAUCAUUGUGGUUAUACCGAAACCUGACAAAAGAAACAAAUUAGAUCGGCAAAUAUCAGUUCAGAAGAAGACAUUGAAAUAACUUCAGGGUCCUCAGUACACGACGCGUAAGCGUAAGAGACGCGUAAGCAUAUCGUAAUACGCGCGUAGAACGCGAGCGCUACGAGCAUGAACAACUUCAAAUAAGUCCGCUCUCGAAGCGUCGUCGUAGCAUAGCGUAUGAGAUUUCUGUCGUCAUUACCACAGGCGUAGCGUAAUAUAGGCGUAAAAAAUAAAACUUCUGACAUAAUCAAAAAAUGAAAAAAUCUUUUUUAUCUGACGAAAAAGUAAGAUCGUUGGUAUCGACGUAUAUCCAUCGAAGACAACUGACGCCAGUGACGCCAUGAUUUCAACUAACGAGAUUUCACUUAUAAAAUGAUUACGCUUACGCGACGCUUGGUGCCGACAACUCUACGCGUCUCGUUUUCAUAACGUUUUUACGAUACGCUUACGCCCCAUGUGCUGAGGGGCUUACGAUAAAACUUCACGCUGUAGGUAUUUGUACUUAUUGGUGUUUGGCAAAUGUGGGUAGAAUCAUACUCGCAUACAAUAAACCAGCAGUCUCAGCUCGA